UCCCUGCACCUGGACUCCGCGGAGCGCCCGCUCGCCCUCAACCCCUGGGACGUGGUGCUGUGCGUGUCCGGGACCGUCAUCUCCUGCGAGAACGCCGUGGUGGUGGCCAUCAUCUUCUACACGCCGGCCUUCCGCACGCCCAUGUUCGUGCUCAUCGGGAGCCUGGCCACCGCCGACCUCCUGGCCGGCCUGGGGCUCAUAUUCCACUUUGCCUUUGUGUACUGCGUCCGGUCCCAGGCCGUGGACCUGGUCACUGUGGGGCUGCUGGUGACCUCCUUCGCGGCCAGCGUGGGCAGCCUGCUGGCCAUCACCAUCGACCGCUACCUCUCGCUCUACAACGCGCUGACCUACUACUCGGAGCACACGGUCACCCGGACUUACGUCAUGCUCAUCCUGACCUGGGGGGUCUCCGUGUGCUACGGGCUGCUGCCCGUCAUGGGCUGGAACUGCCUGAAGGACGUCUCCACCUGCAGCGUCGUGAAGCCGCUGACGAAGAACCACCUCGUCAUCCUCUCCGUCUCCUUCUUCAUGGUCUUUGCCGUGAUGCUCCAGCUGUACGCGCAGAUCUGCAAGAUCGUGUGCCGGCACGCCCACCAGAUCGCCGUGCAGAGGCAUUUCUUGGCCACCUCGCACUACGUCACCACCCGGAAGGGCAUUGCCACCCUAGCCAUCAUCCUAGGCACCUUCGCUUCCUGCUGGCUGCCCUUUGCCAUCUAUUGCCUCCUGGGCGAUUACACCUACCCGCCUCUCUACACCUACAUCACCAUCCUCCCCGCCACCUACAACUCCAUGAUCAACCCCGUUAUCUAUGCCUUCCGCAACCAGGAGAUCCAGAAAGUGCUGUGGACCGUGUGCUGCGGGUGCUUUUCCACCACGAUGCCUUUCCGGUCCAGAUCUCCGAGUGACGUCUAGCUCAUCAGCCUUCUCCAAAGACUCAUUUGCACAUGCCAUGGCCUGUUUUUUGCACAAUCACAGACUGAGAGCCCUCUCGCAGGCAUCUCUCUUCCAGAUCCCCGGUGCCCGGUGUGCGUGAGAGCCUCUCCCUUUAUUUUUCCACUUUUCGAAUUUACAGAAGGAAAAAAAAAAUAUAUAGAGAUAUAUUUAUUUUUAUCCAUAAGAAACGUGCGCCUGCGCGAGCGUGCCUGGAGGAGCGUGUGCGUGAGACCGAGCCAGCGUCGCAUUUGCUUUGAAACUUGUUAAAGACGUGUAAUUAUUUUAUUUUUUUUUAUUACAGAAAAAGUCCCUCUCUCACCAAAACCUGAAACCUUCCAUCCUUUAUUUUCUUUUUUGGGUUGCUUUUCUACAGCUUUGUUA